UGACGUUUUUCGAUUUCAGGAAGCGCAUUGAGAACAACGUGAAUGUCAAAACCAAAACAGAAAGACUAAAUGAUAACGCUUUCUUGGAUGCAUUUUAUAAUCGUAGAUUAUCCACAAUAACAUUACAUAAAUGGACGUGAGCUGCACUGACAUUUAAAGCUGAAAAACCAAUCAGGACAUAUAUUAAAUCUCUUAAAUCUUAUCUUUUUGUGCGCUUGUUUUUAGCUUUAAUGAUACCUGUCACAUUACUUCGCAUACCUGUUUUACACACAUCGUUAUUUUUCCGAUGUGGUGCAUUAUUCUUCCAACGACAUUGCAGGCGCAUGAUCUCCAAGAAAAGAAGGAUAUGUGAUAUACUGGAAUGUACGGAUAUAGGAUCAGAUGUUAGAAUACAGGGGUGGGUCAGAUCUGUCAGACCACAGAAGGACAAUCUCUUCUUACAUGUCAAUGAUGGAAGCUCAUUGAAGCCUCUUCAGGUGGUUGCCAGCUCACAUCUAAACACCAGAGACCUUACAUUUGGGUGUGCUGUUGACAUCAGUGGCACAUUGGAGAGGAGUCCUAACAAGAGACAAAAUGUAGAGAUACAAGCUCAACAUAUUCAAGUGGUCGGGGAAUGUGAUCCCGUGGAAUUUCCUUUUAAAAUCAAAGAGCGUCAUCCUUUGGAAUAUAUCAGACAGUUUCCCCAUCUCAGAUGCCGAACAAACGCCUUCAGUUCCCUCCUCAGGAUACGCAGCGAGGCGACAGCUGCCAUCCAAUCAUUUUUCAGGGAUAAUGGUUAUGUGCAGAUUCACACACCAAUAAUCACCUCAAAUGACUGUGAGGGUGCUGGUGAACUCUUCCAAGUUGAGCCUGCAGGUGAUAAAAAAGCCUCAGAUGACCCAAACCCACAUUUCUUCUCUGUGCCAGCUUAUCUAACAGUAUCAGGGCAGUUGCACCUAGAAGUCAUGGCAGGGGCUUUUUCAGCAGUCUACACCUUUGGUCCUACAUUCAGAGCAGAGAACUCUCAAAGCAGGAGACAUCUGGCUGAGUUUUACAUGGUAGAAGCUGAAAUUGCCUUCACUGAGUCAUUAAAAGAUCUAAUGGAGGUUAUGGAGAACCUGUUUAAGUCCACCACGGAGCAUUUGAUGUCCCAUUGCGCAGAUGAUAUUGAAUUAUUUCACAAAUAUAUUGCACCAGGACAUGGGGACCAAGUGAACCUCAUGUUGAAAAGAAAAUUUCAUGUCAUCUCCUACACUGAAGCCAUCGACAUUCUGAACAACAGUUCACAAAACUUUACGUUCAGCACCGAGUGGGGCUGUGAUCUUCAGACAGAACAUGAGAAGUUUCUGGUGAAACACUGUGGGAACGUCCCAGUCUUUGUUGUUGACUAUCCCUACGACUUAAAGCCUUUCUAUGCCAGAGACAACCAAGAUCAACCCCGUCAUACUGCGGCUGCUGUAGACCUCUUAGUGCCUGGGGUCGGGGAGCUUUGUGGUGGAUCUCUGAGAGAAGAAAGGCUUGAACUUUUAAAGAGUCGACUAGCACAAACUGGAUUGGAGGACGCAUACGCAUGGUAUCUGCAGCUGCGAGAGUUUGGCUCCGUCCCACACGGGGGUUUCGGGAUGGGAUUUGAGAGGUACCUGCAGUGCAUUUUGGGAGUUCACAAUAUCAAAGAUGUGAUUCCAUUCGCAAGGUUCUCACACUCCUGUCCGCUUUAAAACUGUGCGUUAUAAAAUACAAGAAUGAUGGAAUGUGCUCCGUAAUGUUUAUUUCUAUUCACGUCAUUGCUUUGGUGGCGUGACUAAUACAGUUUUUAUGAAAAAUCCUCUCCAUUAUGCAUAGGAGCAGAUGGUCAGUGUGCUUAAAAUGUAAAAACAAUGACAGAUUUGUUUUGACAGUUGUUUUUCUUUUCAUUUGAAUAUUUAUUAACAACAUUGUAAAAUCAACUUGAUCUCGAAAAGCAAAUCGUGUCAACACCCCUGACUGUUCCGGAGUAAAUAAAUUUGCUUUGCUAUA